AUGGGUAGCUUUAUCUGGAUCACGAGUCAUCCCGUCCAGAUAGGACAGGUUCAAGAUCGGUGGACGGCCUGGAUGGCUACCCAAGAAGACCUACAGGAACUGAGGGCUUCUGGUCUUCUAGAGCUUAUACUUCAAGCAAGACUUGCACCUCUGUUGUUUCGACGGGAAGAUAAGCUCGAUGAUGUAUUCGAAAAUAUGAAGACCAAGAUGGUGCGGCCCCAGGUAUAG